GUUUGCGCAGCCAUAGCUGCCUUACAGACUUAGAAUGAGUGGUCGUCGUCUGGCAAGCCAUGGGCGCAGCAAUUGGAGGUUGCUGCUCGGCGCCAAGCAAUCGCCAGUGUGUUUGCAGCUCAAGCUCCAGAAGCGCCUCAGCGCUGCAGAUGGCGACCAGGCCCUUGAGCUGUUUGACAAGGAGAGCCGGAGAUUCGAUACAGUGCAUGUUCUCACUGCAAUGCGGGCUGUGGCGCUUUCGCCACCAAGCCGUUCACCCCACACGUUGGGAAGACUGUUAAAUCGAGCAGUUUCAUUGAUGCCGGAACUUGCUGGCAACGAUCUAGCUGCGCUGGCUUGGUCUUUGGCAUCCAUAUGCACAAAAGAGGCCGGCUGCGGCGUUGAGUGCGGAGCGCGUGGUCUCACUGCGGCGGUGCCCCGGGUCGCCGCCACGCUGGCGCCAUCGGAGCUGACGGUGGUCGCCUGGGCAUUGGCCAAGCUGUCGGAGCCUUCUGAUGAAGCCAUAGCUGCAAUUGUCCGACAAGCACGUUUCCGCAUCGGCAGAUUCAAGUGCAAGGAUGCAGUACAUUUGGCGUGGGCUCUCUCGAAAAUGCAGGCGAGGGACAUGGAUUUUAUGCAGCAGUUGGCUGGCCAAACACUGGACGGCAUUUCUGUGCUCAGUAGGCAAGACACUGGCAACGCAGCAUGGGCCUUUGCAAAGGCUGAUGUUUUGUGCAGGCCUUUGAUGCGGAGCAUCAGAGCCAAGUUUCUGGCAGAGAGCACUGACUUCAACGCGCAGGAGCUAGCCAGCAUUGUUUGGGCUUUUGCAUGGCUUGAUGCAGCAGAUGAGGUCCUGCUGCAGCGUUUCCAAAGUGCCUUGCUUUGCCGAGCGCCGGAGCUGAACGCUGGUGGUUUGGCACGGGUGAGCUGGGCCCUCGCGAGCAUGGGCGUUGCUGAAGGCCGGCUCUUUCAGCGUCUGGGGACCUCUGCACAGCGCUGCAUGGAGUCCUUUGGCGGCUCAGAGCUCUCGACGUUGGCGUGGGCCUUUGCCAAAAGCGACGCAUUGGAGCUUGACGGAUGUGACCCUUCUUUGCUCUUGGCAAUUGCCAAGCAGGCAGAGGAACGUGUUGCCAACUUGAAUGCCCGCGAUGUUGACAUGAUCGCUUGGUCGCUUGCCAAGGCCAAUGCGCCUAUGCCAUCAUUCAUAGCAAAGCUGGCAACACGUGCAGUGUGUUUGGCGGCUGACUUCGAUGCUCAGGGAUUGGCGAACUGUGCCGCUGCCUUCGCGCUCCUCAGCACAGAAGUGCCAGGCCUUCGUUCCAUGCUGUCGCAGCGAUCUCGAGCAUCCCGGCGUUGACGGAACAGAUCUCAAGCUUCUCGGCACAAGCACUUUGCGAUUUGCAGUGGUCCUUCGCUUUCCAGAGCUGGGCAGACGCUGCAUUGCAGGAAGCUAUUUGGACGGCUCCUGGCUGGGAGGAACGACCUCGCUAUGUCCAUGACGUGCAAGCUGGCGCGGUAGCAGACUGCUUUAAGCACCUGCUAUUGGUCGCGCUCCUCCAGAGACUUCAGGCCACGCAAGGUGCUUGUGAGCAUGGCGACGAAAGCCUACUCUAUGUGGACACUCAUGCAGGUGCAGGCAUGUAUCAAUUGCAGGCAGCCCAUGCCGCCAACAUUGAACGACUGCUCACAGCGACACCAGCUAGGAUGCCUGCAUGCAUGGCAAGCUACUUGGAUUGCCUUCGUUCCUUUGCAGGAUACCCCGGCUCCCCAGCCAUCGCGCUUCACUUCCUGCAGCCGAUGAGCCGCGCCGUGCUCUUCGAGGCUGUUGGGGAGACCUAUGAGACUUUGUGUCACAACCUUCAAUUCGUUGGGAAGAGGGUGGAUAUCAUCUGUGAAGAUGCCUACAGGGGUCUUCCAAAGAUGUUGAUGAAGCCUCAGAGGGCUUUAGUGUUUGUCGAUCCGCCCUACGACCUGUGCUUUGCUGACAACCUGAAUUUCAAGUUGGUGGACCAGCUGCAGCAGCAUUGGCCAUGUAGCACUGUGGCCAUUUGGUACCCGAUACGGGACUUUGCCAGAUGUCAGCGUGUGUAUCGGAGGAUUGCUUCUUUGACUCUUGAGCCCGUGCUGGUUUGCGAGUUUGCUCUUAGCCACAACGAGUGCCAGAGCGAUGCAGUGAGGACAGGGAUGUUGCUGCUGAGGCCGCCUGACCUGGAAACGCGGCUUCAUGAGGUCCUUCCAGUGUUGGCAAAGACACUUGCGAUCUCUCCGAAGGUGUUCUGGGACUACAGCGUUUUCUG